CAAGAAUUCUCGAUGUUGGCGACACGGACGUUCGCGCCGGCCGAUGUUCGCGCGUUAGAUUACAGAUAUUCAAUUAAAUUUGUUCGAUCGAGAGAAAUUGGCCCGUCUAACGUGAGUGAAAAGAUUGAGAAAGAUAUGCCAGGAGACGAAAGAAAAACGACGGAAGACUAUAGUGACUCUGAACUGUUUCGAAGGUUUAAUUGAGAAUUGAGGUUACGGACGUGGAGGGUCAAUGUGCCAUCACACAAAUUUCGGAAAAGAGGAGAGAGAAGAAAAAUAAUGAUGUAAUGAAUCUAGAGAUACACUGGUAGUGUCCAGUAAUGUCUCGGCGCUAAGCCAAAAGCGUAGCGAUACUGUUGUGCCUCCUUUACGCGAUUAUAUUCACUCGCUCGUGAACGUUUGGUCACGAUUGCCCUUCGGCCGCGAUACCCAUGUACAUAUGCGUGUCACCACUACGUCUACGUUGCCGUGAGGAAAAAUAGCACGUGGCAUCGAGAUAGUUCCUCGAUACAGCACGGAUUGUCGGGCGCCAAAUCGACCUUGCCGGGAAGUUCGGCGACGGACGAAUCUCGAGGACAUUAGAGGACACGACGGACGAGAUUCCGAGAGGUGGUCUCGUUGCGCGAUAAGAUACGGUUGGAUCAUGAUACACCGUUUUUGAACGGAAGCUCGUGACGUUCUAUAAAACGUCACUGAAAUUCACGAACGAACAUUGACUGUUCAGUUGAAGUUCUUCCUCAAACAAGAUGAGCAGUCAGCUGCAAACUAACUUGAUCGCCGCUGCUAUCGGAGCAACUAUUGGCGUCAUAAGCGCUGCUAGUAUCUUUAUAUAUCAGAAAGUCUUAGAGAAACAGCAACAUUCCAUGAAGAACGCCCAUCUGGACGAAGUCGAUCGUCGUCUCACCGAGUUGCAAACGGAAUUAGAGAGAUUGAGAGCACAACAAAAUCAACAGAGAAAGAAGAAGAAGCUUAAUUCUAAACGUGAGAAUGAUCAUACGUACACUACAACAGAUAAUGAUACUGAUGUGGAUGGCUUUUCAACGGCAGGCGACGAAGAAUUUUUCGACUGUUCAGACAGCGAAAAUGGUAUAAGUGACAUUGAAAACAGGACAACUGAAGCCACCUGCACUGGAUUAGACCUUUCUGUUUUCGAUGAGCAUCACAAACAAGGUGGAUAUGAAGAAAAUGAUUACCUUGAACUACGAGAUCUCGUAGACAUGUAUCCAAAUAGUGUAGACAUAGUAUGGAGAUAUGCCAGAAACUGUUACAAAUAUUCAAAUUGCACCACUGACGCAAAUGUAAGACAAGCUGUUGUUUGUGCAGGAAUUGACGCUUGCGAAAAGCUUCUCACUACACCAAAUGCAUAUCUGCACAAAUGGUGUGCUAUACUUGUAGGUAUAAACGGUGACUUUUUGCCACUAGCGGAAAAAAUAAAAAAUGGUUACCGUUUCAAGGAUCAUGUAAUAAAUGCCUUGAAGAUAUGUCCAAAUGAUGCUGAUCUGCAUCAUCUACUCGGCAGAUUCAAAUACGAGGUGGCUAACUUAGGUUGGAUAGAAAGAAAGAUUGCUGCGACAUUAUUUUCGGAGCCGCCAAGUGCCUCGUAUGAAGAUGCGAUUGAUAGCUUCCAGAAAGCGGAGGAUUUUUCGGCCAAAGUAAAUCUGGAGAACAGGCUGUUUCUAAGCAAAUCUUACAUAGCACUGAGCAACUAUCAACUGGCCUGUCAGUUGCUAGAAAAAAUUUGUGACGUAUCAGUUACAAGUAAAGACGAUGAAAGGGUACAGAACGAUGCUCGUCAACUCCUCGCCAAGUACUCAAGAUACCAAUAACGGACACAUUAAUUUUUAUAAAUCUGAGAAUGUAUCCAUUCCAUAUAUUACAAAUACAUUAAUCGCGCGAACAUAACGAAUUCGUGGCUGAUGUAACUGAUUCGGGGAAAGAAAAACGUAUGAGUAAUUCUAAUUAUAGAGGGAGGGAA